CCAGACAAUCGGACGCGACGGCGGGGCGGCGGGGCAUCCAGGUCCCCGGCUCCCCCGCCUCGCCCCCCGUCCCGGGCUCCGCCGGCGUCUGGCACCAUGUCGGUGCGGACACUACCGCUGCUCUUCCUGAACUUGGGCGGGGAGAUGCUUUACAUCCUGGACCAGCGGCUGCGGGCCCAGAACAUCCCGGGAGACAAGGCCCACAAAGUUCUGAAUGACAUCAUCUCCACCAUGUUCAAUCGAAAGUUUAUGGAGGAAUUGUUCAAACCCCAAGAGCUCUACUCCAAGAAGGCCCUGCGGACGGUCUACGACCGCCUGGCUCAUGCCUCCAUUAUGAGACUGAACCAGGCCAGCAUGGAUAAGCUCUAUGACCUGAUGACUAUGGCUUUCAAGUACCAAGUCUUGCUGUGUCCCCGCCCCAAGGAUGUGUUACUGGUCACCUUCAAUCAUUUAGACACCAUCAAGGGUUUCAUCCAAGACUCCCCAACCAUCCUGCAUCAGGUGGAGGAGACCUUCCGGCAGCUGACUGAACAGACAUACGGGGGCCUCUCAGCGGGGGAGUUCCAGCUGAUCCGCCAGACGCUCCUCAGCUUUUUUCAGGACCUGCACAUCCGGGUAUCCAUAUUUCUAAAGGACAGAGUUCAGAAUUCUAAUGGUCGCUUUGUGUUGCCGGUGUCCGGGCCUGUUCCCUGGGGUACUGAAGUUCCUGGACUCAUCAGGAUGUUCAACAACAAAGGCAAAGAAGUGAAGAGGGUGGAAUUCAAGCACGGUGGACACUAUGUCACUGCCCCCAAAGAAGGUUCUUUUGAGCUUUGUGGAGACCGAGUCCUGAAACUGGGAACCAAUAUGUACAGCAUUAACCGGCCCGUGGAAACGCAUAUGUCUGGAGCAUCAAAAAACUUGGCUUCACGGACACAGGAAAGCAUUGUUCCAAACCCUCUUGCUAAAGAAGAGCUGAAUCUCUUGGCCAGGCUGAUGGGAGGGAUGGAGAUUAAGAAAGCCAGUGGCCCCGAGCCAGGAUUCCGGUUGAAUCUCUUCACCACUGAUGAAGAGGAGGAACAAGCGGCGCUCACCAGGCCGGAGGAGCUAUCCUACGAGGUGAUCAACAUACAGGCUACUCAGGACCAGCAAAGGCACGAGGAGCUGGCUCGCAUCAUGGGGGAGUUUGAGGUCACCGAGCAGCCGAGGCCGAGCACCAGCAAGGGAGAUGACUUGCUGGCCAUGAUGGAUGAGUUAUAGCUGUGCCGGCCAAGCACCCCCACCCUGCGGCCCCUGUGGGGUGGGCCGCCCCAUAAGGACCCCGGGGAUGCCCCAGGCAGCAAACCGAGGCUGCUGCUAGUUUUCUACUGAGUGAGUGGUUACCUCCCAUUCCUGUUUGUGUUGUAAAGAACCACGUGAGGCUCCUUCCAGUCUGGAAGGUGAACACAUAUACGUUUUCAGCUUUUCAAUUGGACCUUCUCCAUUUUCUUCUGGCUUUACGGCAACCAUCCAAGGCCUCCCGGGCCACAGGUUCAAGCCCCAGAGUCACUAAGGGGGUGCCCUCAUUGCUGCUUUCACCUGUAGCUUUCCCGUGGACUCAUGUAGCCCACAGCCCGUCUGUGAAUCAUCAUGAUACUUCAGAGCUUCCUGGGA